UAUUAAGUUUUUCUAUAUCUGGAAAGAAAAGCAUUAAUCCAAUAAAAUCUUACAAUUCGAUUAUUUCGAGAAAGAAGAAUGAAGACUUCGAUAUUUAACAAAGAUGAUUUUGUAUUGCUAGUAGGAGAAGGCAAUUUCUCAUUUUCGGUAGCAUUAUUGCAGCACAAUUUAAACAUCAAGCUUAUUGCUAGUUGCUACGAAUCUAGUAUGAGUCAAGAGCAAAAAACUGCAACAAAAAAUAUAAAAUAUCUUCAAAAUAAUGGUAUCUGUGUAUUAUUUGAUGUGGAUGCUACAAAAUUGGAAGAAUGCCUUGCGUUAAGAUCUAAACUAUUUGAUAAAAUUAUUUUUAACUUUCCUCAUGUUGGUGGUAAAAUGAGAAUAGAAAAAAAUAGGGAAUUGCUAAAGAACUUUUUUGUAUCAUCCCAAAAAAUGAUAAAAGAAAAUGGUCAAGUACUAGUGACAUUGUGUAAUGGUCAAGGUGGAACACCUAUGGACAAUCCCAAGAGACGUUGGGAUGAUUCAUGGAAAAUUGUAGAAAUGGCUGCACAUGGAAAUUUUAUAUUAACAAAAAUAGAGCCCUUUUCAUGGCAAUCUUUUCAAGAUUUUGUUGUAACAGGCUAUCGCAGUUUAGAAAAGCAAUUUCAUACAGCAGACUCAUUGACACAUUUUUUUGUAAAGAGCGAGCCACCUACAAUAUAUAAUAUUGUACCUAGCAAUAAAAUAGACAUUUUGAAGUACAAUAUAAAUAAUAUCACAUGGAAAGAAAUAACAAACAAUAUCGAAAAUAAAUCAGUUUACAAUGUCAAGUGUAUUUAUCCAUGUACAUUUAUAUUUGAUCUAACUUUAUCCACUGACAUGGAUUUUAAUAUAGCUGAAUUUUAUCAAUCAUUGUAUAAUUCUGCAGGAGUUAUCAUUCAUAAUAUUGAUUUUAUUGAUUAUUACCUGUCUCCUAUUGACAAGAAGAUAAAAAGAACUUGUAGAAUAACUUACAAAUCGAAUUAUAUACCUUUAUAUAAAAAAAGAGUUAUUGAAUUGCAUCAUAAUGCAAUUACAAAUUUUAUAGAGGAUAAUUUUCAAGUUACUAUCUCAAGAUAGUCUAAAUACAUAACUAGCUAAA